CCCCACUCCAAAACGAGGUCGACUCACUUUGCUUUUCGCCACCAGCAUGGGCCUCUGUGGUAGCAAGCUCGACGACGAGACGCCGGCGCGUCAGACCAAGCAGCGCCGCGAGACGUUUGCGAUGGGCCUCAUCACGGACCUCGACACGGCCAGCAAGGAGGUCAAGGUUGACGGCACGCUCGACUGGCGGGCCCUCUUCCAGCGCGCGCUCCUCGUGCGCGACGCCGACGGCCGCUACAGCGUCGAGUGGCACGACGCCGUGACGAUCACGACGGACAUCAACGAAGAGGGCCGCGGCUUCGAGCUCAGCGAGCUCGCGUGGUUCCAAGGCCGGCUCCUCACGUUCGACGACCGCACGGGCAUGGUCUUUGAGCUGACCAACUUUGAGUUUCACGCGACCGGUCCGCUGCAGGCGACGCCGCUUAUGGCCAUCAAGGCGGGCGACGGAAGUGUCGAGAAGGGCGCCAAGAACGAGUGGGCGACGGUCAAAGGCGACGUGCUGUACGUCGGCAGCCACGGCGUCAACUGGGCGCCCGGUGGCGUCAUCGAAAACGACUACCACCGCUGGGUCGCGCAGCUGUCGUCGCUCGACGCUCCUCGCAUCGACCAUGUCAACUGGUCGGCCCGCUUCGAUGCGGUGCAGACUGCGCUCGGUGCGUCGGGCUACGUCAUCCACGAAGCCGUCGAGUGGAGCGAGCAGCUGCAAAAGUGGGUCCUGCUGCCGCGGCGCGUCUCGGACGAAGCGUUCAGCGACGAGGUCGACGCAGUUAAGGGCAGUAACAAGCUCGUGCUCGCCUCCGAGGACUUUGACGACAUCGAAGUGCGCAAUGUCGGCGCCGUCGUGCCCGAGCGCGGGUACGCGAGCUUCAAGUUCGUGCCGGGCACGAACGACCGCGUGAUCGCGGCGCUCAAGAGCGUUGAGGACAACGUGGCGGGGAUGCAAACCACGUUUCUCUCGGUGCUUGAUGUUGCGACGGGCAGCGUGCUCUUGCCCGACACCGAAGUCCCGGGCGGCUAUAAGUUUGAAGGCCUCGUCUUCCUGCAGCCUUAAUCUUAUAAUUCUAUACACUGUGGUUUCUACUGCAGCUUUUUACCAAUGCCAAA